UGGUUGUGCGGAGCCGGGAGGCAGGCAGAGCUCGCCACAGCUGUGCUUCGCCCUUUGUCGGUCUCUGCUCCUCGCCUGCGCCUUUUCUAUCCGGUAGAAGGAUACAAAGAGAGGGGCGACAGACAGCAUGAAAUAGAGACCGAGCAUGAGAGCGGCGGGGGCAGCAGAGGGACACGAGAAAACCUAACCGGACUAAAGUCUAGUCCAGACACGGAUACUAAUAUCUCCAGACUGGAUACGGAGCUCCGCCGAUGUACGCACUGGAUACCUACCAAAGAGUGUCGAGACCAGGGGGAGAGGGGCGGACUUUAUCGCGCAGGACUGUCGGGGUUUUAGGAGGGCAUCGUGGAUAAAACUUUGCACAUUCUCCAGAAAUCCACAGACGGUGUACCGACUGGGAUCUCCCUGGAUAUGAGUUUAAAUAUGGACGAAGGGGAAGACUUCACGGAACAGCGGAUAGUGGGUCUCCCGGACAAAAUACCUCUGGUGAAACCUUUUUUCAAAAAGAAGCAGAGGAAAUUGGAUGCCAAAUGCCUCCACCGUGCCCUGGGGGACCCCAUACUGACCACUUUACUGAGCACGGAUGCACUGGUCUCCGGGGAUGGGGUGUUUGUUCCCCGGAGCCAGCCGGGCAGGACUCCGGGCAACCUGUGCGCGGCGGUCGUGGUGAAACAGAACUGUAUGGGCCAAGUGUGUCUCAAAGACCCGGGAGCCGCUGGAGACACCGCGGCUGGGGCCGGAGUACCGGGGCUGUUGACCCGAGACGGUGAUGUGGAAAUAGCCGAUACUACUGCGGAGCUGGAGGAGACCGAGCGGCGAGGGGAGCGACCCAAGAUCGCGGAUCCUACUAGCCCUGACAGCCGCUGCUUUCAGCCGAAACCUGGCUUCAGGGCGGCCGGCAGCACGGUGACAAUAACGGCCCCCGGCAGAGAUAUACCUCCCACAGUUGCACCCCAGGCUCUCCACCAGGAGGGGAGCAUCAAAAGCAAUGACCUCUUAACCUCUGGGUCUAAAAACCCUCCAGUGAAAGACUGCACCGGUGUCCCGGGCCCCCUUCCCCUCCUCCUGCAGCCCGACAAAAGAGUGCUAUUUCAGGAUAAAAGUGAAGAGGCCUCCUUGGACUUGGUUUUUGAGCUUCUCACACAGCUCCAGUAUCACACACACCAGUCGGACUCAGUGGACAUUUGCGUGGAUUUCCUCCAAGGACUGUGUGUGUACGGCAAUGACUGUGCCCACCACCACACUGUCCUACCCUACUACUGGCAGAUCCGCAGGAGCAGUACUCAGACGUGGCAGAGCAUAGCGGACGACUCCCAGGAACAGCUGGAGAGACUGUACUGCAACCCGGACAAUGAGCAAGUCAGGCUCAAGUUUCAGGGUCGUGUGUUUUCCCUAGACUUCGGGGCGAUGCGAGUGUGUGACCUGGAAUUCGACCGCGUCCGACGACUGACAACUCCCGCCAGCCCUCUACCCAUGCCCACAACGAACCUAAACCCCACCCCCAGCUGUCACACGGUGUGGAAGUACUACUGCAGAGACAACUUUGGCUGGAGGGAAUACUCCGAGCCGGUGGUCAAGCUCAUAGAGGAGGCCAGUUCGAGGGGUCUUAAGGAGGUGCGAUUCAUUACGCUCCAGAACCAGUAUAUCCUCAACAUCAGGGAGGGCUUCCAGCAGAAUGCCGUCUUCGGGUUCAGGCGUCAGAUCAAGAAGCGGCCCACGUUCAUGUCCUCUGUGAUGCUUACACCCCUCCUACAGACUUUGAGCGGCCUCUCUUCAUCCCCCCUCCCCUGUUCCUCCUCCUCCUCCUUGUCCAUGGAUCUCACUCUGUCGCAUCCCCUCUCGCCGACCACCACCAACCCACCCAGCCUUUUCCCAGAAACAUGGUUGCCCAUGACUAUGAGCCAGGACUUCCUGCAGGUGCCGGUGUCACGUGAAGACCGCAGCUACCGGACGGUGUACAGCCUUUUCCACAAGACGGUGUCGGAGACCAAGUUUAGGAUCCUCAAGAUCCAGCGUGUGCAGAACCCGUUCCUCUGGGAGAAGUACAAGAGGAAGAAGGAGUACAUGUCGCGGCGUAUGUCAGAGAUGGACCGGCUGCUGAGCGAGCGCCACCUCUUCCACGGCACCUCGGCCGACGUGGUGGAGGGCAUCUGCAAGCACAACUUCGACCCCCGAGUCUGCGGCAAACACGCCACCAUGUUUGGCCAGGGCUCCUACUUUGCCCGCAAGGCAGUCUACUCCCACAACUUCUCCAAGCGCUCGCCCAAAGGAGUCCACUGCAUGUUCCUGGCCAAAGUCCUCACUGGCAGGUUUACUGUAGGAAAUCCCUCCAUGCGGCGACCUCCACCCAUCAACCUCCGUGACCCCUCCAGUGACCUUUAUGACUCCUGUGUGGACAACUGGGUGGACCCCCAGAUCUAUGUCAUCUUCAACGAUGACCAGAGCUACCCCUACUUUAUCAUUCACUACGAGGAGGUACCCAGCACUGUCGCCGUUUGAGCCCUGGACCAGACCUGGGUCUGCCGGUAUUUGCAAACUCGUAGCUUGUUUUAGUCUGUGAAGGUGCCAGAUGUGUGGAGUUUGCCACUUAAGGUGAAAAAAGGAACAGUUUAGGCCAAUAACGAGCUGAAAUCUAGACUCACUUUGCCAGACUAAACUUCACCCAUCUGCUGCUCCGAACAGCUUAAAACAGAGAUGUUUGCAAAUACUAAAUGAUUUAAGUCUGCAGUCGGCUGGAUCCAACCAGACUGGACCGCAGCAAAGAACAGACUGGUCUAGACCGGAUUAAACUGGACAAAACUGGACCAGCAAAGGACACCUGUCUCAUCCAGUGUUCAGAGGUGGAUGACAACUGACAUCAACAGCUGCGACUACAACUGACUUGACUGGACUCGUAUACCACGCUUUGUUAUCUAGUAGGAUCAGGAGCCUAGUGAUGAUCACAACAGGAUUUUAUCUACCUUAUUGAUCUGGAGCAGAUGCAGGAGAAACCAAACCGAGUCCUCUUAUCGUUUUGACUUAGUCAUAUGGCUGUACAUGGACUCAGUUCCACACCAGGACAAAUGCUGCGGUAGACCGUUAGCGUCCUGCCAGUACUUUGAAUGACCAACUGGCCGUAUUUUGUUCUGAGGAAGCAGCAACCAACCAAUCAGACACUUCCAUAGAGAAACCAUGGCGACACUGACCCCCGUCAUUCUCUUACAAAAAUCAUCGUGUUUACCCAGCCUCCGGCCCUAAUAGGGUUUUUUGUUUUUUUUUUUCAAGUUUUUGUGCUGCGUGUUUGAAUCUUUUAAUUUAGUGCAAAUGAAUCUUGUGGCCUCUUCAAACAGACAAAUGACGUGAGUUUCAGCGGGACUUUUACGAAUGGACAUCCACAGAAAACCUCCCGGCAGAGGUUUCACAUGAAGCCAGUGCUGUGCCCGGUUGGCGUUUUUGCCUUUGCGCCCACCACUUUAGUUCCUUGCGGGGGGAUUGCAGCGUGUACAGUUUCAUGCUGAGACUCGGCGGCGCUGUAGCGUUUCGUCAACAAAUCCCCCCCCCCCCCCCGAAACUCAUCUCUCUUGGACCGCUCUCUCUCUCUCUGAGAGACAGUAGACAUGUUUUAAUGAGACAAACUGUACAGACGUUCUCUUUGUUUAUAUUUGAACUGUGUGCCUUUUGUUCAUAAACAAAUUUAUUUAUGUUAGUUUAAUGUAACAUUGAUUAAAUAAAGAAUCUAAAAGAAAAAAAAAGACCAAUUGGUGAACUUGUGCUUUAUUUAAAUCAGUUAUGAAGCUGUAACCUCCACAUUCCUGUAAACAUUAGACCAAUCGGUACUCUCUCAAGGUGUUGUCUGUAGAGGGAGCAGAAGGAGACUUCAUUCACUACAAACGUAUUUAGAGAAUGCAGAAAUAUAUCUAUUGUGAUCCCAGUUGUUUCUGAAAAGAGUGAGAUGAGAAGAGUGAUACAAUUACCAAACCGCUGGUCUCAAUAUGAGCUACGUGAUGUUUUACGGUCAGCGGUUUUGAGGCGUUCAUCUGAUUAUUUGUUCUCUGGGUCUGGGUCCAGUGGUAUUAAAGGCAGAAAAGAA